GGAGCCUGGACGGGCAGGGCCUGCUGCUCCGAUGCCCCACUGGCCAAGGCCUCGGCGGCAGUCCGCCCUGUGGCCCACCCUGGCGGCGCUGGCCCUCCUGAGCAGCGUGGCGGAGGCGGCCCUGCGCCCCGCGCCCCGCAGCGCGAUCCCCCGCGAAGGCCCGAUGUCCCCGCUGACGUCCCCCGCCAGUCCCCUGCCGGGGGGCCGAGGAGGUCGCGUGUGCGGUGGAAGAGCCCGGCGGUCCCCGCCGCCGCCGCCCCGGCCCGCGCCGCCGCCGCCCGCUCCCGCAUCAGCGCCCCGACGCGGAGGCCGCACGGCGCGGGCGGCGGGCCGGGCGGGCCGCGCGGGCCGGGGCGGCGGCGCGCGGAAGGCGGACGCGGAGGGCGCGCGGGGCUGCCGGCUGCGCUCGCAGGUGGUCCCGGUGCGGGCGCUGGGCCUGGGCCACCACUCGGACGAGCUGGUGAGCUUCCGCUUCUGCAGCGGGUCGUGCCGCCGAGCCCGCGCGCCGCACGACCUGAGCCUGGCCCGGCUGCUGGCCGCGGGCACGCUCAAGCUGGCGUCCGGCUCGCGGCCCGUCACGCAGCCCUGCUGCCGCCCCACGCGCUACGAGGCCGUCUCCUUCAUGGACGUCAACAGCACCUGGAGGACCGUGGAGCGCCUCUCGGCCACCGCCUGCGACUGUCUGGGCUGA